AUGGCCGAACCGAUCCCCGAUAGCCUGCGACAGGCCGACAUCACGAGAUUCAUCAAUCGCGCGAACCAGCUGCGCAAUCAUAAGCCUGCCAUCACCUAUUGGUGCGAAUACUGGGUUAUCAAUCAGAUUCUGGCUAAACAACUGCACAAUGUCGACGACGAGAGCCUUUCCUACACAACUAAUCUAAUGGACCGUCUUGAGCGGACGAAAACCGAGAAUUCGGCGGAGGAAGCCAUCACCGACGAUACGGUCGGCCAGGCAUAUGUGGAGCAGUUUGCUCAGGAAGCUUUCGACCGAGCAGAGAAAGUAAUGCGGGCGAACCGAGUCACCAGACAAACUGCCGACACGUACGAUGCUGCCGCAACAUUCUUCCUUUUAGGCAACAUUUGGGGUCAAAUAGAUGAAGAGACGCAGAAGAAGGUCAAGUACGCCAAGUGGAAUGCCGCCCGCAUACUCAAGGCUAUCAAGGAGGGCAAGGACCCGAACGAGUCGAACCCCAAGCAAGAGCCGGAACCGGAGGAAGCUCUCCCUAUUCUGGACCCCAGCGACCCAGAGGUACAAGGCCUAGCAUCGCCUCCGCCGAAGGCUGCUUUCGUGGAGGAUGACCCCGAGACCGAGUUUUAUAAGAAGGCUGCGUCCCCAGGCGUAGCUACGCCGCCAAACGUCCCCGCCGAGUCCGAACCUGCGCAGUCAAGUGUGUUGGACCUGCCAUCAGUCCCGUCAGGAAACGAUGUAAAACCUCAGGUGCCUCAAACACAGGGCUAUUUCGACCCGCCCGAACAGUUUCCUCCCUCGCCUCUAAGCCAAACCGGUGCCAACGACACGACAGGGCCAGCGAACUUACCCUCUGCCCCUUCACCUUUUGCCGGAUCGUCGGCGGGGCCAUCUUUCAGCCCACCCAACAAUGCUUCACCGUGGCAGCCACCUCAAAUACCCAAGCCAACACCCCCACCUGCCCCUGAGCAAUUCAAGCCCCCACCAUCGAUCCCGCAACAACCGAAAGCCCCCGUGGUUCCCAUCUCCAACAACUCGUGGACGCCGAACAGCGGGCCGACAGACGACCUGGAUCUGCCCAAGGCGCAGAAGCACGCAAAGUGGGCCAUCUCUGCGCUCAACUUUGAAGAUGUGCCGACGGCGGUCAAGGAGCUGCGCAAUGCACUUGCUGCCCUGGGUGCGCAGUAA